CCUAGAAAGUGUCUCUGUCGUUACAUCCCCACGCUAACCAGUUAAAAACAGUUAGCCGCAGGCUGUGUUGGUAAUACUGACUUUAUUUACAUGAGAACUUUUUAACAGACGCAAAGUACGCUUAUUCGAUGGACUUUAUUAUGGAGAAUCAAAAGUUCUGCUCUUUCUGCGACUUGUUUUGGUCCGUUUUCGUGGCAUAGCUGGGAAGCUAACGCUGUUCAGUUCUUGGUAGUUAGCUUAGCAUUGGUUUCCCCUCCGUAACAAAAAGCACAGCCUCCUCUCAAGCUUGUUUGGACGACAGGAGCUUCACACUUUACCCCCAGGUUUCUUUGAAAUCCAAGACAUUCAAAAAUGUCAAUCCUAGGAUUAAAGAAGAAACAGCCCAAGACUUUCAAAGUCAAAGUUAUCACCAUGGAUGCUGAAAUGGAGUUCAGUUGUGAGGUGAAAUGGAAAGGUAAAGACCUAUUUGACUUGGUGUGUCGCACUGUCGGUCUGAGGGAAACCUGGUUCUUUGGACUCCGGUACACAGUAAAGGACACGUAUGCCUGGCUGAAACCAGAGAAACGGGUCUUGGAUCAGGAGGUUCCCAAAGACUCUCCAAUAACAUUUCACUUCCUUGCUAAAUUCUUCCCUGAAAAAGUCGAAGAUGAAUUGGUUCAAGAAAUUACUCAGCAUCUGUUCUUUUUACAGGUGAAAAAACAGAUUUUAGAUGAAGAAAUAUUUUGUUCCCCUGAAGCAUCGGUUCUGCUGGCAUCGUACGCUGUCCAAGCAAAGUAUGGUGAUUAUGACCCCAACUUUCACAAGCCAGGCUUCCUGUCUCAAGAUGAACUCUUGCCAAAAAGGGUUCUGAUGCAAUACCAAAUGACGGCUGACAUGUGGGAGGAGAAGAUCACAGCCUGGUACGCCGAGCACAGAGGCAUCGCCAGGGAUGAGGCUGAGAUGGAAUACCUUAAGAUUGCUCAGGACCUUGAGAUGUAUGGCGUCAGCUACUUUGCCAUCACACAAAAUAAGAGGGACACUGACCUGUUACUCGGAGUGGAUGCUCAGGGUCUGCACAUUUACAGUCCCAACAGCAAACUCAACCCCAACAAGUCCUUUCCCUGGAGUGACAUACGUAAUAUCUCGUAUAGUGAAAAGGAGUUUACAAUCAAACCCCUGGACAAGAAAAAAGACGUCUUCAAGUUCUACUCCUCUCAACUGCGUGUCAACAAGCUGAUCCUGCAAUUAUGCAUUGGUAACCACGAUCUAUUCAUGAGGCGACGGAAGGUGGACUCUAUUGAAGUGCAGCAGAUGAAGGCCCAAGCGAAAGAGGAGAAGGCCCGCAAGAAGAUGGAGCGUCAAAUCCUGGCACGGGAAAAACAGAUGAGGGAGGAAGCAGAACGAGCAAAGGAAGAGAUGGAACGGAGACUUUUCCAGCUGCAGGACGAGGCACGGCUUGCCAACGAGGCUCUGCUGAGGUCUGAGGAGACUGCGGACCUGCUGGCAGAGAAAGCACAGAUUGCAGAGGAGGAGGCCAAACUCCUGGCCCACAAGGCUGCGGACGCUGAGCAGGAGAGACAGCGGUUGGAGGUCACUGCCAUGAAGACCAAGGAGGAGAAGAGGCUGAUGGAGCAGAAGAUGCGAGAGGCAGAGCAGCUGGCUGUCAAACUAGUGGAACAGUCUGAGCGGAGGUUGAAGGAGGCAGAUCACCUGAAGCAGGACCUGACGGAGGCAAAAGACGCUGAGCGGAGAGCCAAACAGAAGCUGCUGGAGAUCACCAAAACAACAUACCCUCUCAUAGCAGCUUACUCUACUCCACCCGCUCCACCCGAAGCAGCUGAAUUUGCCUAUGAAUCAACGUCAGCACGCUUAGACUUCAAGGACUCUGACAUGAAAAGGUUGUCCAUGGAAAUCGAGAGAGAGAGGCUGGAAUAUAUGGAGAAGAGUAAACACCUGCAGGAUCAGCUGAAGGAGCUCAAGUCUGAGAUCGAGUCUCUGAAGCUGGAGGAGCAGCAGCAGCAGGCCGGCCUCUACAGCCUCCAAAGUGAGGCGAGGGGAUACGUUCAGGAGCCUGUCUACAUACCUCACAGCAACCGAAACUCUGCGUACAUGUCUCAGAUGGCGUUCUUUGAAGAAGUGUGACGCUCGUCCUGCGAGACGAGGAAGGAGCUAACCAGGCGUCACGAUGCAGUAUUUUUUCUUUUUUAACCUGGCUGAAACUUUAACAGACGGACACCUCCAUACACCAGGUCCUUCUGAAAGUCCACACUAGACCCUCAACAACAGCCGCUGUGCUCUGUUGUUCCGCCUUUUUAAAUAUGUCUUCCAUGUGUAAUACACACAACAACCUGUGCCAUUAUUCCGACACUCACUCAGGAUUUGGUGCUGUAGAUGGACGAGCGAGUGAGUGAGUGAGGACAAUUUUAUUUUGUGGUUUUAAGGGAUAUGUGACCGUUAGUUGGCCAACAAAAAAAAAAAAUCAAACCUCCAUACGUUUACACAUCAAUGCCUUAACAUAUUGGGACAGGAAUUAAGUUUUGUUUUGUUUGUUUUCUCCGAAACUUGUUCCUAUAUCAGAUGUAAUUAACUUAAUGAUCCUUCCAGGCUUGGGAGAAUUUGGUUGUGCUCUUUCAAAACAAGCGUUAUACCAUUAUUUAGACGAGAAUACUAAAUACUGUAUACACUAAAGAUCAUUGGUAAUCAGUAAAACGUUCUGAACUUGCUUUUAAGUUGUGAUAAAUUUUGCGAUUGCAGCUCAAACUGAAGUCCGCCACGCGUUCACCUGGACGUCGUUCAGAGGCGACGACUCCAUAAACAUUUCAGACGCAGUGUUGAACCUUUGUGUUUUUGAAUUUGUGUGUUAUUUUCUGUUACAAAGAUGCACGAGCAGCACACAGAUGCCUUGAUCGUGCUUGUAGUUUAUGAAUAUGAGCUUGAGCGGUGAAAAAAACCCAAACAUUUCACGCUUUCAUAUUUUGUAACCUCCUUGAUGUGCCUUAAAUUUUUAUUUUUUAUGAUAGCGAUUUCAGUGACUAAAGUUGUUUCUGUUCUCUUUUUGUGCUCAUGUGUCUCCGCUUUAGGGUUUGAUUUCACACAUUAACUCAUUCACACGACGAAAGAUAGGUGCAUUUCUCAGGGCUAGUGUUGAAGACAAUCAGUGCAGGUAGACUUCAGUUGGUUUUAGACCGAGAUAAAACCGUAUGGCAUCUAUUUGUUGUUUACCUUUUUUUGUGUGUGUGUAAGUCCAGUAAUAAUUUGCAUGGCGAAUAUAUUUGCCAGCUGUCGAUGCAUUAAUGUUUUCACAGAUGCAGAGGGGGCUCAUGUAAGUGAACCCUGUACUCGUACUACACUCCUCAUGACGUUCUGUAAAAGGGAGAGAUGACGGCUGUAUGACAAGCGUCCAGCCACAGUAAACGCUCUUGUGUCAAAAUG